AUGGUCGCCGCGGAAGACGCACCAAUAUCGACGACGUCAUCUUGGCACGAUCGUCCGAUUAGCAAACAAAACCCGAUCGUUUUCUUCGAUAUCUCCAUCGGAGGCACAGAAGUUGGACGAAUAAAAAUGGAACUGUUUGCAGACGUCGUGCCGAAAACGGCGGAGAACUUUCGUCAGUUUUGCACCGGGGAAACCGUAGAUCCGAGAACGAAGGAACCGCUGGGGUAUAAAAAUGUUCCUUUUCACAGAAUAAUCAAAGACUUUAUGAUACAAGGCGGCGACUUUGUGAAAGGAGACGGGACGGGUUGUAAGUCAAUUUACGGCAGUAAGUUCAAGGAUGAGAACUUCGUCGCGAAACAUACCGGCCCAGGAUUGUUGUCGAUGGCGAACGCCGGUAAGGACGGAAAUGGAUGUCAAUUCUUCAUCACGUGCGCAAAAUGUGAAUGGUUAGAUGAUAAGCACGUAGUUUUUGGAAGAGUUAUCGGUGAUGGCAUGUUAACUUUGCGUAAGAUUGAAGCGGUUCCAGUCUCGGGGGGUGCGAACGCGCCAAAACUAGCGGUUAUAAUCUCACAAUGCGGAGAGAUGUGA